UAAACCCAGCAACGGCUUUGCUCAGCCUGAUAGGAUGUUGAUUUUCUUACUAUGCAAGACUGAAGUAGUCAACAACUGAAGGACAAAGCAUCAGGAUGGAUCUUCCAUGCCCUACAGGAGAAGUUGCAUGGGUUGUCUAGAGACAGCAGAGGAAAUGUGAUCAAAAUUCAGGAUGGCCAGUGCGUGUGUCAGUUGUCCAGAUUCUAGUUGAAAAGCCUGUAUGACCAACAUGAGUUGGAGCUUUCUCACUCGUCUUCUGGAAGAGAUCCACAACCACUCCACCUUUGUGGGGAAAGUGUGGCUGACGGUGCUCAUAAUCUUCCGCAUCGUGCUCACGGCGGUGGGGGGCGAGUCCAUCUACUCUGACGAGCAGACCAAGUUCACCUGCAACACCAAGCAGCCGGGCUGUGACAAUGUGUGCUACGAUGCCUUCGCCCCGCUGUCACAUGUCCGCUUCUGGGUCUUCCAGAUCAUCAUGAUCUCCACCCCUUCUGUCAUGUACCUGGGCUACGCCAUCCACAAGAUUGCUCGUACAUCUGAGGAGGAGAGGCGGAAGUACCACAGGCUCCGUAAGAAGCCACCUCACACCAGGUGGAGGGAGAGCCACCCUCUGGAAGAAGUCCUAGAGGAGGAUGAGGAGGACGAUGCUGAGCCCAUGAUCUACGAUGACACGCUGGAGGGGCAGGAGCCCAAGCCAGAGGCGCCCGCCGUCCCUAGCCGGGAGCCGCAGAAACAUGAUGGCCGCCGACGUAUCAUGCAGGAAGGAUUGAUGAGGAUCUACAUUCUUCAGCUCCUAUCAAGAGCCAUCUUUGAAAUUUGCUUCUUGGCUGGCCAGUAUCUUCUCUAUGGUUUCCGUGUUAACCCAUCCUAUGUUUGCAAUAAGGUCCCCUGUCCACACAGGGUGGACUGUUUCAUCUCCCGACCCACAGAGAAGACCAUCUUCCUUCUUAUAAUGUAUGUGGUCAGCUGUCUCUGCUUGCUCCUCAAUGUGUGUGAGAUGUUCCACUUGGGCAUCGGCACUUUUAGGGACACUCUUCGCCAGAGGAGAAACCAGGGCCAGCGGCCCUCGUACAGCUAUCCGUACUCUCGUAACAUUCCUGGUUCUCCACCUGGGUACAACCUUGUGAUGAAGUCAGACAAACCCAACCGAAUCCCCAACAGCCUCAUCACUCAUGAGCAAAACAUGGCCAAUGUGGCUCAGGAGCAGCAGUGCACCAGCCCAGAUGAGAACAUCCCCUCAGACCUAGCCAGCCUGCAUCGCCACCUACGGGUGGCGCAGGAGCAACUGGACAUGGCCUUUCAGACAUAUAAUUCCAAAAACAACCAGCCAACUUCCAGAACCAGCAGUCCUGUCUCUGGGGGCACUAUGGUGGAGCAAAACCGAGUCAACACGGUACAGGAGAAACAGGGAGCCAGACCUAAGUCAGCUCCAGAGAAAGCUGGGACCAUAGUAAAAAAUGGGAAGUCUUCUGUAUGGAUUUAGAAAUGAAUGUGGCAGUAUGAACUGAAGAGCCUGUUUUAAUUUCCAGGACCAUGUAGUAUGGAUUAUAGACUAUGAGGUUGAGUUAAACGUCAACAUUAUAAAUCACACAUUUGUCACCAACAUGAACUAGAAAGACAUGCAAGGACAUACAAACUGGGCACUAUCUAUACAGUAUGUACUCUAUGGUGUGACAAACCUUAAUAUAGACAGCAGGAAAGAAAAAAACUGUUAUGAUUCUUCUACUUAGUUUGUCUUUUGUGCUAUAGUUUCAGCAUAGUUCAUAUAAAAAUAUUGUACAUAUGUUGCUUUGUCAAGCUUCAGAAUUUUAUCUACUCAUAUUAGGAGGGAAAAUAUGAAGAAUGCUUGAUCAAUUUCGGAAUAUGUGGGGAUAUUUUCUCUGAUAAUUACAAAUAUAACACUCUUGUUGUUGAACUGAUUAUUUGAAACAUUUUAACUUCAAAACCUUUAAAGAUAAUCUUUAAAAUUGUGUCCUGGUUAAAAAACUGUGCCAUGGAAAACACUACAUUAUGGCUCUGUGAUUGAAACCUGAUUGUUUGACAAAUCUAAUGUGAGAUCUCAAAUGGAAAUCAUGGUAAAAGUUAAAUUAUGAAACAUUUACAUUUGACAUACAUUACACUUUAUUCAGAUAUUGUUACAUGAGACGCAUGUAUAGUUUAAUUUAUUUGAAGAAAUAGUCCACUGUCUGAUGC